UCAAUCUUCUCAACCUCUCUCUUCCCUGUCCCACAGUCAGCCAGUUGGAAUAACACCUCUCUUCACUCUCGCUUGGGAAGUCCACGCAACGCUGUGUUUCUUCACUACGUCUGUGACUAUAGCGUUCACCCACUCUCUGCUCAGUGAGGACAGUCCGGCUGGGAAGCCUCAGAAGUUGGGCUGGUCCGGGUGUCUCCUCAGCAGUAAUGGGGAGGUCAGGAGCGCUCCGGGUUUGGUCUUUGGGGAUGAGCGUGCAGUUGUUCCUUCCCCUCGUCCUCUGUAUCACCUGCAUCCAUGGUCUUUCUCCACCACAGCCACGAGUCCUCCUGUCAUUUCAAGAAUUACAGAAAACCCCAUCCUUUGAGCACUACACUUUGUCUGAGAAGGCCAUGGACUACAGGAUCCUUUUCAUGGAUGAGGAUCAGGACCGCAUGUACGUGGGCUGCAAGGACCAUGUCCUCUCGAUGGACAUCAAUAAUAUCAGCCAGAACACGCUGAAGAUCUUCUGGCCGGCAUCCACCAGUAAAGUCGAGGAGUGUCAGAUGGCUGGCAAAGACCCCACACAUGGAUGUGGAAACUUCUUACGAGUAAUCCAGCCCUAUAACAGGACGCAUCUGUUCAUCUGCGGCAGUGGAGCCUACAGCCCAGUGUGUGGAUAUGUUAACCGUGGCAGGCGUCCUGAGGAGCAAGUGUUUCAGAUCUCUUCCCGAGCAGAAUCAGGGAAAGGGAGGUGCUCCUUCAACCCACAAGUCAACACCGUCUCGGUCAUGCUCAAUCAGGAGCUGUUCUCUGGCAUGUACAUCGACUUCAUGGGGACAGACGCUGCCAUUUUCAGGAGCCUGACCACAAGAAACGCAGUGAGGACAGACCAACAUAACUCCAAAUGGCUGAGCGAGCCAGUGUUCAUUGAUGCCCACUUGAUUCCUGACGGCUCAGACCCAAACGACGCCAAACUCUACUUUUUCCUGCGUGAGAGACUGACAGACAGUAGUGGAAACACUAAGAACAUCCACACUAUGGUGGCUCGAGUGUGCCCUAAUGACACUGGUGGUCAGCGCAGUCUGGUGAACAAGUGGACAACGUUUCUGAAGGCUCGGAUGGUGUGUUCGGUACUAGAGGAAGACGGUACCGAGACCCAUUUCGAUGAGCUUGAAAAUGUGUUUUUAUUGGAGACGGACCACCCAAAGGGCCUCCUCAUCUUUGGAGUCUUCACCUCUACAAGUUCUGUAUUCAGAGGUUCUGCCGUCUGUGUUUACAACAUGGCCGACAUCCUGACGGUCUUCAACGGACCGUUUGCGCACAGGGAAGGGCCCAACUUCCAGUGGGUGGCUUUCCAGGGCCGAAUCCCUUACCCACGACCGGGAACUUGUCCUGGUGGCGCAUUCACCCCUCACAUCCAGAGUACUAAAGAGUUUCCAGAUGAUGUGGUGACGUUCGCAAGGAAUCACCCUAUCAUGUUUAACCCCAUUUACCCGGUCGGCAGGAAACCUCUGGUGGUGCGGACGCAUGCCGAUUACAAAUACACCUCUAUAGCCGUGGACCAGGUCACCGCUGCAGACGGACACUACCAGGUUCUAUUCCUCGGCACAGAUAAAGGCACGGUACAGAAGGUCGUGGUUUUGCCGUCAAACGGCUCUCUGGAUGAGGAUCUAAUCCUGGAGGAGCUGGAAGUGUUUAAGAAGCAGUCUCCUAUCACCAACCUAAGAAUCUCUUCUAAAAAGCAACAGCUGUAUGUUAGCUCUGAGCACGGAGUGUCCCAGGUGUCUUUGCACCGCUGCGACGCAUACGGCUCUGCCUGUGCAGACUGCUGUUUAGCGCGGGACCCGUACUGCGCCUGGGAUGGACUCAGCUGUUCUCGAUUCUACCUCACUGGCAAGAGGAGAAGCAGAAGGCAGGAUAUUAUGCAUGGGAAUCCACUGACUCAGUGCAGAGGGUUCAAUCUGAAAGCCUACAGGAAUGCAGUGGAGAUGACUCAGUAUGGAGUCAAAAACAACACCACCUUCUUGGAGUGUCAGCCCAAGUCUCCUCAGGCCUCGGUUAAAUGGCUCAUCCAGAGAGACAACGAUCGCAGGAAAGAGGUGAAGCUGAGCGAUCGUGUGGUGUCCACCAAUCACGGUUUGCUCAUUCGUUCGGUGCAUUCUUCAGACCAGGGCCUGUACUACUGUCUGGCAACAGAGAAUGGCUUCAAGCGCACUCUGGCUAAGAUUCGUCUCCAGGUUCUGAGCGAGGCUCUGGUCAGCGCCCUGAGCAAUAAACAGCAGUCACCCUGGAGCUGGGCAGCCGCACUGCACCCUAAGGCCCUGGUGUCGGCCUUCAGCCCGGCUGAGACGCUGGCCAUGCACCAAUACUGCAAGGAACGCAAGCAGAUGCAGAGUCUGCAGAACAUACAGAGCCCCAUGAGAGGCGAUCUGGGCAAACUCAAACCCCUGCUGGACCACAGGAAGAGCAGGAACCGCCGGAACCACUUACGAGAGGAAUAAAGGUGGAAUAUAGUGGACGGAGAUGGAUGUAGAGAUGAUGAAAAGGAAUAAAGACAUGCAUCAGGAGAGAACGCAAGUGGAAAAAAGAGGAGGAGAAUGUUGGAGAAGAUUCCUCCGAUAUGAACCCUAACUGUUUUUUUUUUCUUCAAGCUCAAAGCAUCUCAGGUGCUUCCUGUACAGCAGAGGAAAGGCCAGAGCAGAAGACUAUGAGAAAUCCUCAGACACACACACACACACACAUGCUAAUCUGUGUUUCAUGCUACAUAAUGUAAGAUGCCAUUUGUCAUACAGUAGUGCAAAACAAACCAGAAAGUACCGCAAAGUCAUUUAAGACCCAGCAAAAUGGUUUGACAAGCACAUUUUGUUCUUGUGUUGAUGUAUUUUCUUUUGAUACAGGAAGCUGGGUUGGAACAUAUCUAACGGCUCAUUCUUUUUAAUAGCCAAUAGUCUUUAGUUUAUGUCACAGCAAUGAGCCAUUAUUUGAUUUUUGCUAAAGCUAGCCAAAGGCAGGUGGUACCAACCACAGGGACAUUCUCAUUUUAAAGAGCAUUUGAUUGGACAAAAUGAAGCAUAUGCUCCUGAGUUCAAGAUGAGUCAUUAAUAUUUUUGGUUUAUUUACCUAAAGAGAAAGACUGUACAUUUUAAAUGUGCAUAUGUGUUAAAGGUUUAUAUUAUCAAAUUUUAGGAGUACAGUAGCGUUAGAAUUAGCCUCAAAGCUAACAGACAUAGACUAAAACGAAAAGAAAAAAAUCAGUUUUGGUUUCUAGUACUACAUAUCAAAUACAAUUUUUAUCAAUUUAUACAAUUUACAAUAUACAAUUUAUAUUAUAUGGGUCAUGAGAGUAUGUUGUGUAAACUAGCACUAGCAUUAAUAUCUAAGCCAACAGAAUGCCAACAGAACAUUUCGAAUUUCUAGGUACAUAUAGUUGCUAAAAGUUGUCAACAUUUGGAUGCACAUAAACAUUAGCUUCUAAGCUAAAUAAAUGGAUUAGAAGCAAAGGAAUUUCAUGAGAAUAUUAAAGCGGUUUUGACUUUUAGACAAACACUAACUCAAAGCUAACAGAAAUUGACCUUACGUCACACCAUUUCAAUUUUAAUUUUGGAUUUCUUGGUACAUCAUCUUGGCACUUUUUUUUAAGUACGUACUCAUCUUAAGUAAAGUAUAAAAAGCUUUUUUUCUAACAAAUGAAUUGUUUAUUGUGACUGAAUGGAUCAUGAGAAUUUUUCUUGGACGCACUGACCAAAGUACAUCAGCCUAGCUGCACCGCAGAAGUUCAAUAAGGGAAGAGAAGAUGGUUUGGAGACAUUUCAAACUGUACCAGACAGGUGGCUCUCUGAGCCCAUAAAACUGUAAAGAGUGUUGUAUGUUUGCCCAGUGUGCUUUGAGAAACAUCAAUAAUCCAAAUACAUAAUUGCUUCCUUAUGGAUAGUUCAUUUACUCACCCUCAUGACCUUCCAAACACGCAGGACUUUAAGGAGCUUAACAGUCACUGGUCAUGCUUUCAUUGCAUGGAAGAGAAGUGUGAAUAUUCUUCAUUUGUCUUUCCUGAAAGAAAGAAAUAAAGAAUGACAUAAGAGUAAAUUAAUUCACUUUGGGUGAACUAUUGGUUUAAAAUGUGGGUGUAUGUGCAUGUUUUCCUCUUUUAUCAACAUGGUAUACCGAACCACAAUAAAUCAGUUAAAGGCCUGAUUACACCAAGGGCAAUAACUAUAAUGAUAACAAUAAAGAUACAGAUUUAAUUUUAGUUGAUUAAUGAUAACAACAUUGACAGCCAAUCAGAAUCCAUCCAGCUUUAAAGAGGUUGAGCAUUUAAAGUGGCAGAUGCCAAAACAGAAUGUUACCGUCUGUUGGUGUGGACACUAAUAUAGUUAUUCUACAGUACUUAUCUUUAUUGUUAUGCUUGGUAUGAAUAGGCUUUAAAGCAGAUUUAUUAUUAUUUGAUAAGCCCCAGUAAUACCAUGGUGUUUAAAUCACGUAAGGAUAGGCCUAAUGAGGCAUGUGAUCAUGCAUGUUGUUUCAUUGUUAUACAGACACGUGUUUGAUGAUGUUAAUGAAUUCUGGUUUGCUCAGUGUGAACAAUGAUUGUCUCUUAUUUAAUAUGAUGUAUAGCAUUGUACAGCUUACAAUUUUGGAUUGAUGUCUGUGUAACUUAUAUUUUGUUUUUGUAUUUUGAAUGUCUGUAAAUAGUUUAAAAGCUCAAAAACAUGACAAACUUGCAAUAGAUUUCUGUAUUGCCAUUAGAUGCAUUUUAUUCACAUUUAAUUUUUAUGCCAAAAUUAGGAUGUUGUUGGACUUAAUCUGCAUUUUGCAGAAGUUUCAUGUUUUUGUUUUUUGCUGUGGCAUUUUGUGCUCUCUAUAAGGCAUUUGGAGUAACGAUAUAAUAACGUUUUAAUAUUAUAGAAAUAUGCUGUAUUCCCUGUGAUUGUUAAUGAUACUUUUAUUUUAUUAAAUGUCUUGAUUCGUGUAUUCUUAUUUAUUAAUGAUAUUGAACAAUUAAACAACUUCAACAUGU